UUCGCAGAUACCAAGUGGUUACGCCCGGGCGGCGGCGGUCAGCGAUCAGACGCUCACUCGAUCGCCCCGGCCACUCCCGGUGCCCUCUCACUUCAUCCAUGGAGAUUCUCUGCACAUUGGCGGCAUGGUGUCUGGCAGUGGUGCUCGGCAUUGUGCUCGUACUCGCGGUCGACCUAUACACCAGACCUAAGUCGCGUUUUCAUACCACUUCGAGUCUCCUCUACGCGUAUAUAUUGGGCCUCAUCACAGUGCCUAUUGUAAAUAUUAAUAUAAGACGGCUCAGAAAACAGUUUGACAACUUUAUUCAGGCCCAGGAGCAGUUCCUGCUGCGUCAGAUCCGUGACAACGAGAACACCCAGUACGGACGGGACCACCAGUUCGGUCGUAUCCACAGCCUGGCUGACUUCCGCCGCCUGCACCCGGUCACCACCUACAGCGACUACACCGAGUACCUGGAGCGCGCCGAGAACGGAGACGUCGGCGCCAUCCUCGGCAAGAGCAAGCUGCUGCUGAUGGCCUGCUCGUCGGGCACCACCGGCAAGUCCAAGCACAUCCCGAUCUCGAGCGGCUUCUCGGCGGUGAUGCUGCAGAUGCACGCCGCGCUGUGCGUGUUCCAGCCGCGGCCGCAGACCGUGCGCGUCCCGCUCUACAAGGAGAUGGCGCUGCUGUGCAAGCCGCGCUGGCGGUAUACGCCCAGCGGGCUGCCCAUCGGGCCGCUCUCCGGCAUCUACUCCAAGAAGCCGCACAUGCUGGCGCAGUAUGCCACGCCGUUCGGGGCGCAUGUGGUCGACACCGAGACGGAGGCCAUCUACACGUCACUGCUGUUCGGACUGCGCGACCCCGACCUGUGUCGCGUCGACUUCGGGUUCGCCUCCACCUUCUAUAACGUGAUGCAGUUCUUGGAGAGCCACUGGCGUGACCUGGUCGGGGACAUCCGAUCGGGUCGGCUGAAGGAGAGCCUGAACGUGACGGAGGAGCAGCGGCGCGCCAUCAACAAACACCUGGUGCCGGACCCGCAGCGGGCCCACCAACUGGAGGUCCAGUUCGAAAAGGGGUUUACAGCGAUCAUCCCUCGGAUAUUCCCAAAGGUGAACAGUGUAUCGAUGCUCCACUCCGGAACAUCAAUGUCACUCUACAAGAGCAAGUGCCUCCCAUACCUGGGGCACCUGAAGCCAAUCUCAUUCGUGUACGGCUCGUCGGAGGCGUUUUUCGCCGUCAACACACGUCCGGCCGGCGCCGAUCCCGCCUACGUGGUGGUGCCCACCAUGGCUCUGGUGGAGUUCCUGCCCGUGGAUGACGCCGGGGCUCCGCUGGACGGCGCGGAGCCGCUGCUCGCCGAUCAGCUCAAGGUGGGCAGCCUGUAUGAGCCGGUCAUCACCAACAACGCGGGCUUCUACCGCUACCGUCAGGGAGACGUGGUCAAGGUGGUCGACUUCUACCACCAGGCACCCUGCAUCGACUUCCAGUUUAGGGCGGGCCAGAUGCUAAACGUGCACAUGGAGAAGCUGUCGGAGGAGGCGUUCAUGACGGCCCUGCAGACGGCCGCCGGACGCUGGAGCGGCGUCUCCGUGCGAGAGGUCACCAGCGCCGAGAGCGUGCUGGACCCGAGCCCGCAGCCGGGCGCGCCCUACUACCUGGUCCUCCUGGAGCUGGAGAAGGGCCAGCUCUCAGCGCAGCAGGCCGAAACGAUCGAUGAGGUCCUGCGUGAACAGCACUAUGUCUACAAGUCGUUCCGCGACAAGGGGUCCAUUGCACCUAUGAAGGUGCGGCUGGUGGAGCCGGGAACGUUCCAGCAGUUCCGCCAGUUCCAGUUCGACACGACGUCGGCGUUCGUGACGCAGUUCAAACAGCCGCGCGUGCUCCGCACCCAGCGCCAGGUGGAGUUCUUCCUCCAGCACGUCACACCCUUCCAGUGAUCAGUGGCGGAUUCAGGGGGGGGGGGGCAAAACAGGCAUUUGCCCCUCCCAAACGGCAUAAUUUUAACAUUACGCUUAUGGACGAGGCAUGGAAAGAAUCGAUAAAUUGUUAUGGUUUGCCCCCCUCCCCACAAAAAAAUGAGCUGGAUCCGCCCCUUCUAGUGAUCGCCGACAGAUGCUAUCGAAGCUGCGGUACGCACUGCUUUAUUGUAUAUAGUAAUACACCUACAUACAUAUCAACCGUGCGUCGCCGACUUGGGAUUUAGAAAGGGCUGAGUUAAUAGGAACAUUAUAGGUGACUUAUAGGGCGAUGAUUUUCUUCGGAUACCUAGUGCGGUGAAAUGAAAAUGAGAGAGUUCCUCUCCUCCUCGUGUGAUGUUUAUUUAAUAAGUUGUACCAUAUGUCUGUUUGUGUCUGUUUGUCUGUCGGUUUAUAAUAAUUUUAUUAUAUCUGUGUCGAUUUAUUACAAGUUCAAUGCAAAACUGUUAAACACAUCGUUAAAAAAUGCAA